CCGCGUUUUUUUAAAUGUUCCUUGUUCACUACAGUUGUGUUCUUUUAUUAAUUUAACAACACUCCUACAAAGCCGAAAUUGGAGACAACAAACGAGCGUCGUUCAGUAAUAUUACAUCUGUCAGUUCGGACAAAUCGUUUCGGCUUUCGUGCUCCGCAAGUGAAUUGACAAACCCCGGUUAUAGCUGUUGCUUCCGGCUCGUGAGGAGUAGAUGAAAGCACGGACUGCAAGGCCAUUUCUACUUUCAAGUGAUCUUCUGGAAUCGGCGAGCUAUCGUGAACUGUAUCACUUGCACCUUCACUCCCAUUUUCGCUCUCGACUGGAGAUGAUGCAGUGGAGCGGGGUCCUGAGAAGUCUGUGCUUUUGCCUGCCUGUUCCAGUUUCUUGAUGAUGUCUGUUAAGCAGAGAUCACCCAGAAAAACCAAUGACUGGAAAGCUUUAGGAAAUGACUCCUACCUCCCAAAUCUGCUCAGCAUAUCACCUCAUGAUACAAGGAGGGUUUCUUUGAUUGCAACCACUAAGGAAGAAGAAUUGCGUGAAGAGAUUCAAAUUCAGAUUGAUGAAGCAAAACAUUUUUGGAAAAUUCUUAAAAAAGAUAAUAAAGUUGAGUUAGCCUUUGGUAAGGUUGACCACAUCUUGCAAGAGCUGGAGAAAAAAAUAAAAGGUGAUUCAGCUACAGAUAAUGAAUAUCUACAAGCUAUGAAUAUUAUGGUUGAAGCUGGAAUUACAGCUAGUCAUCUUAAUGAGGAAGAAUAUAUCACAGAUGAAAAGGCUUCCACAGAGGACAUGACUGAAGAGGACAAGCAGGAGGCUGAAGAAGAUUCAUAUAUAAAUGAAGAAAGAUGGACUGAGCCAGAUUUCAACUUUCAGAAGUGUGGUGCUAUACCACAUUUUACAGCUGCACCUUAUAAAGAACACACUUGCAGUAAAAUAUGCUUAAUUCAAGUGAUAAAAUCUGGUAAUCACAUAUUAGGGUUGAACCCUCUACAGAUACCUCUAGUUUGCCACUUUCAACGAAGACAUGCAAAAGCAGACUGGAGAAGAGGGGACUCGACUUCUUUGGAUGUGCUCUACAGAACACCUUGUGGCAGAAACCUGCGUACCUUCAAUGAGAUUCACCAAUACUUGAUGGAAACAGAGUGUGAUUAUUUACCUUUGGAUUACUUUUCUUUCAACACUUAUGUCCAGAUCUAUCGACAGUUCCCUUUAAACAAACCUCUGGCUUUUGAUGAAGAUAUUAGUAAUGGAGAAGAACUGGUUUCUGUUCAACUGUUCAACGAUUUAGACAAUAAAAUGCCACAAAGCUUUAAGUACAUAAAAAAUCGAUGGCCACAUGGUUGUUUCAUAAAUAGCCCAGAAGAUAUGUUUUUGGAUUUCUGUGACUGUACAGAUGAUUGCAGUGACAAGAAUGAGUGUGCCUGCUUGCAAUUGACCCUGGAAGCCAAUGGAAAACGCAGAUUACCUCUGCCAUUGUAUAAAUACAAGAGGCUACAAAAACCUGUUCCUUUAGGGAUCUACGAAUGCAGCAUCUAUUGCAAAUGCAACAAGAGAAUGUGCCAGAACCGGGUUGCGCAGCAUGGUCUUCGAGUUCGACUCCAAGUUUUUAAAACCAAAGAGAGUACCUGGGGAGUGCGCUGCCUGGAUGACAUAGAUGAAGGGACAUUUGUAUGCAUAUAUGCAGGAAAAAUUCUCCAUGAGAGUACAGACAGUGAAUCUGCAGCUGAGAAUGAUUUUGACAGUUGUACAGAAAAAUUAGAAAACAAGACAUGCUUGAAAAGAAAAAUAGAAGAAAUGGUUUCAGAUGAUGACAUUGAAGUGGUGGAAGAAAGGAAAAAGAUCUGCAAUAUCAGUGAACCUGAGGAUCUGACUGAUUCUGCUGAACAUGAAAAAGAAAAAAGUGAAUUGUUGGAAAAGACAGAGUCUACCUUACCCCGUGUCUCUGUAAUUAUGAGGCCUAUAAGCAAAACCUCCAGUCUUCAGGCCAGGUUUGAAAAGCUGAUGCAAAAGGUGAACGACACUGAAGCUGACUUUGCCAAGGAGGCACUAUUCAGCCGUCACCCGGAGAUGAUCCAGUGGCCCCGUGAUCAUAACUGGUUCUUUGCUAAGCUUAACAUCACCAAUGUUUAUGUGCUGGAUUACUUUGGAGGAGUAAAAACUGUGACACCUAUAGAAUACUACAAAGCCAAGCCUUAA